CCCGUUUACGUUUGUUUUGAUGACACCUUUGCAAAAUGCUUUGCCCAUCAUCGCCGAAUCUUUUCACGACUGUGCACUCGCAGACAGACUAGGUCAAGAGGUGGACGAGGUCAGGAAGGCGUUGCAGGCUGCGGAGUUUCUUGCGCGCGAAGGAGAAGAGGGGCUUCUGGCGAGACUCGAAGAGACUGUAUCCGUGGCAUAUGAAAAUCUUUCUCAAACAUCGCUAUAUUCAUGGCGGCGGCUGCACACAGACGCGUCGAUUUCUGCGCGACACUCUUGCCACCUCUGCAGGCGAUAGCCAAAUUAGACGCAGCUAUUAUUAUCUCCGGGUGUGCGGGGACUGGACGUCUUGAUCUGGUGCUGGAGAUCAUACAGCAACUCCAGGAUCAUUGUUCGGGAAGACUUGCCCCCUCCCCUUUGUCGUCUAGCCCGUGCUAUCACCCAAUACAACCUUUGGCUGCGACGUCUUUGCCCACUGAACGAUCAAUCCCUGUAUUGUCUCGUGGCCCGUCGCUCUCGGCGUUUCAAACUCAGCAUUACCAGAGCCCGUUUGUCAUUCGGGACUAUGCAUCUCAUUGGCCUGCUCUCAAUGAGCAUCCGUGGGCUUCUACCCAAUAUCUCCGCUCGGUGGCGGGGCCAGGACGUGUCGUGCCAGUGGAGGUUGGGCGCGACUAUCGUACGGAAGAUUGGACGCAAAAGAUUAUGCCUUGGGAUGACUUUCUUGAUUCCCUCGACGAUCACUCGGAAACUACGCUGCUGUAUCUUGCGCAGCACAGUCUGUUCAUGCAGUUUCCUGCACUGCGUUAUGACAUUGAGGUGUCAGACUACGCUUAUGCGGAAAUCCCCAGGCAGGGCUUUGACCCACCCGCUAAUGAGGAACAGUUGGUUAUCAAUGCUUGGCUAGGCCCAAGAAACACCGUGUCUCCUGCGCAUACUGAUCCGUAUUUCAAUAUAUAUGUGCAAGUGGUCGGGCAGAAAACUGUCUGGCUGGCGCCACCAAGUGCCGGCGAGCUGAUGCAAGCAGAGAAAAACACCGCUGGGAUCGAUGUGUUCGGUCCGGAGGACCGUCCUGCUAGCUUGGAUGGGCUUGGUUCGGCUGCAAUCUUGAAUCCUGGGGAUUUAGUGUACAUUCCAGCAGGCUGGUGGCAUGCCAUGCGCUCUGAAAGCGUCAGCUUUUCAAUCUCCACAUGGUUUUAGCUGGCUGUGCAAAGAUGAACGUCCCGUUGCGGUUGCUGUCAAUGUCACCUUAUGUUCGUAGUAGUAGCGUGACUGAGUGUGACCGUUGGCCUACACUCGAUGCAGUGAUGUCUGUACUCGGCGGGCCAAUGCGCCUCUCGUCGCCCUCGCUGACGCUCACGACUGGCAAUAUCUCAGAUGCGCUCUCCAGCUCUCCUGAUGGUGGCGCCACACUCGUCUUCCUCAAGAAGAGCAUCUCCGACAUACCUGACGAAGCAGUGGAAGAGCUGGCGGCGCUCGGGAGAGAAAUGCCUGAAGACGAAAGUCUAGUGGAACGAAUUGCGCUGGGACACAAUCGGCUGACCACUCUCCCUACAUCCUUCGCCCUCCUCUCGCGUUUGAGAUACCUCAACCUCAAAAGCAAUUCAUUCACAGUAUUUCCUGACGUUCUCACCCUUCUCCCAGCGCUUGACACCCUGGACAUCAGCCAUAACAAGAUCAAGCGACUUCCAACGCAGCCAGGCAAAUUACUCAAUCUCCGGGUGUUUUCUGUCGCUCGCAAUAAGCUUACACGACUUCCUAUCUAUCUCUCCAAGUUUUACAAACUUGAGGUCCUCAAACUGGAGCGUAAUCCUAUAGAAUGGCCGCCCAAAUCCGUCGUUUUCGAGACGGCCGCAGAGCCCGAAUCGCCGCAGGCCAUGCGUGAGUGGAUUCGCAACCUGCAAACAUGGAUCGAAUCAGAAACGUCUCGGCCUCGGAUUCACGAGGACUCCGGGUACAGCGAGCAGGAAUUGGAGGGCAACCUCGAGGACAGCUUUCAUGCAUGGAAGCGGUACACGCCUGUCCCGGAGAAAGACUUUGACGCUGGUGUCACACCCCAUGCGCGUUCAUUCUCCAUAGACUCCAAUCUUUCUGCUUCAUCGCUGGCCGAGUCACAAGACGAACGAGAUUCAGCUUCGUACAAUCGACCUCCCCCACUUCGAUUGGGAAUCUUGGGUUCUUUUAGCCCGGAAGGGUCGCCAACUCGCUCCUUUGAGAGUUACCUGCCCAGUCCUGCGGAUUCGGACAAGUUCUUCGACGAACCGACCCAGCACCCUCCCCGAAAGGACUCGUUACGAAACGUGCAACCACCGGAAGUCAAUGUUCACGCUCGCAAUGCUUCGUAUGCCAGUGGAACCCGCAACCGGGAGCGCGAGCACAGCGUUCCUCUACCAGGCAAACAGAGCAUGCCCGAUCUACGGACCGCCAAACUCAACUUCACGAGGAAAGCCCCCGAGUUGCCCGUGAGGCAUGCCGCGGAGGACUCGUUCCCAUCACCGUCGUCCUUGCGCAAGGACUCUGACUCCUCCGGCAGUUCUUCCGCAGCUAUCAGGCCGCAUCGAACCCACGGAUCGCCGUCUCGACCGGCGGAGACCGGUCCUUCGAUGGCAUUCGAACGAAAUUCAUAUUUCCGACGGAUGUCCAAGCUGCCCGUGGCUGCCAUCUCCAACACACUUCCUGAGCCGUUGCUGAAGUUGAUUGACUCCGUCCGGAGCAUUCUGUUCGCCAUGUGCCAGGUUUACCAAAGCCUGGAACACUACACGAUUCAUGCUCCGGAUGAACGACUGAAGACCGUGCUACGGAAGGUUCUGGAUCCCGCAAGCUCCGAUAUGAUGCAGUUGAUCAAUUCACUGGACCGGUUCGAUGCGCUCAGCCGCAAGACUCUGCCUCCACAUAUGGUUUGUCGGGGUGUUGUCGAGAGCUGCCGGGAUACUGUCGCGUCGUUCGCAAAGGCGAUCAGUGUUGUCUCACUCCAGCUCAAAGUCAUCGCCGGCGCUGACGAUGUGCGCUACCUCCGAUCUAUGCUGCUCAUGCUAUACGGUGCCACAGCCGAGGUCGCCGCGGCUUGGAAAGACGUCCUCCCCCAUAUUGAGACCAUUGCUCCUUCGCUGCACGCCAAAGGAUUCUCUCCGAUGUCCAUGGCCAGCCCGGACGUCUAUCCCGGGUCGGCCCCACCUGCGCACCAUCAAUUUUUAGGCGCGGAUCAUUCCCCGCCGCCAAUGUUGCGAACACACCCCAUCGGCCGAAUCCGGACAGCCCGACGACACGCCGGUUCGUUUAGUUCCAAGGACGUGGAGAUCGGGAAGAAGCUGCCCUCGUAUGACGAUGGGCCGCUGUUCUCCAGCGGGGUUGUGACUGGCUCUGCAUCUCACACUCCAACACCGAGAACAACGAAACGGUACCUUCCCGCUCCGUUCACAGGUUCCAUCACAGUUUCCUCACCCUCUCCUAGCGGCGACGGGCCCUCCUCCCGUGCAAACUCGCACUCGCGCGCCGGCUCACAAGCAUCAUUGCAUGCGUCAUCGUCCUCAGCUUCCCUUUCCGGGGCAUCGGCUUCGUCCUCGCCCUCGAUCCCGUCCAAAGCCCCCAGCUCCCUCGAGCUCCCCUCGUCAUCCAAGACACAAGUCGACAAGGAAGCAUUGCAUGCUAUCCAAGCAGCUGUUGACGUUGCUCCUACUGUCUGGAACCAGAUUGAGCAUGCGUUGGCCGAUUCUCUUGACCCUGAAGUCCGCGAAAGUCUGGACAGGGCUCGCGCUGUGACCCGAAGGCUGGCUGAUCUUACCAAAUCCGUCCAGGACGGCAUCGACUCGUCGGUGGAUCGCAAAUUGUUGAGGGAAGACUCGAAUCUGUUUUUAAAGACGGUAGUCCAAUUAUCGAAUAUCAUCAAGCAAUACGGGGACAUCCAAUCGACCGUCCUGCGCAGCAACCUUGUCAGGCUCACCAAUUCCACCGAAGAAUUUGCCAUCCUUUUGCAUGUCUCGUCCUUCUCGCCUCUCCCGCCGACGAAUGGAGCGCGAUCCUACUCGCCAAUGCCACCGGCAUCCCCCGCAUUGAGCACCAUCUCCGGGCUCAAUAGUGGCGGACUUCCAUUAGAGGAGUUCCGGCUGACAUCGAAUCUCUCGAGAAGUCGAUCAGCCCAAACGUCUGUUUCAGCGGUCAAGCUGGCGGUACAAGAGCAGCCUCGAAGUGCAUUGCCUCUGCAAACCUUCAAGGUCCCGCCGCCCUUGUCCAUUCGGAAGGGAAAGUCUACUGUGGGGGAGGCAGGGUGAUUAAUGACUACUCGACGGCGUUCGAUGCUCUACGGUUAUUUGGUUUGUAUAGUAGUCUUAAUUGUUUAAAUGACUUACUGCUUUGGAAUUGCAUUAUAUGUAUUCGAACGGCUUUUGGGCGCCAUUCUUGGGAAACACCCG